AUGUUGGUGAAGUUUCUAGUGCAAAGACAUGGCACAAAAAAUACGUGCCUACAAUUGUUAUCGAGAAAGGUGCAUGAUUUCAGCGUGAUCACACCGGUAUUGUAUGCUGAAACGUGCUACUUUACAAAGACUUUACAGUUUGCUAUUGAAGGCUUGCAGGCAGCGGGUAUUCCAUGGGUUGGCACCUUUAUGCUUUCUGGAGCUUUGUUUCGUAUCGCAAGUUUACCAUUGCAUAUUUAUGCAGAACGAUUAUCUGCUGAGAGAUUUCAUGUUGUGAACACACUAAAUUACGAACUCAUGAAAAAAUUCAGCAAACACUACAAGUUGAAUAUUGUGUCAAGUGAAAAUGGUAGAUUUUUAAAACUCGAUACGACUGAUAAAUCGAUUCUCCAAGAAACUAACAAGCUAGUAGAAGUCUUGUUAAAAAUGUGCCGGAGCCGUGGCCUACAACUUCAGCGUAUUCAAUAUCUUAGACUGUGCGCUGUUUCUGUCUGGACGUUCUCUUCUUUCGCGAUACGAAAUGUGAUCACUUCAGGAGUGGGUCGCAGCUAUGAAGGUGCUUUAUGGUUCUCGGAUUUGUUACAGCCUGAUCCAUAUUAUAUCAUUCCAGUCUUUGUUGGUAUCUUAGGAUUUUUUAAUUACUUUCAACGUGUAUAUGGCUUCAGUUCAAGGAAAGUGAGACAAGUAAUUAAUGAUUGUGGAGUUUUAAUUCUUCAGUGUAUUCCGUUAUUUUGGUCGACUGUUUCGUUGACUGGCUGCAUACAGCAUUUUGCAUUCAGACAUCCAAAAAUCAAAAAACUGCUUGGUGUGAGGCCAUUACCUUCGGAUUCCUGCACGCCCAUUAGGGCAUUUUUCUUCAAGUAA